AUGGUAGCCGUGGAAUAUCGCUUGCCGGCACCUAGCGGAGAGACGGCAGCGGUGGCGGCGGCAGCGGCGGCAGCGGCGGAUGUGGAGGAUGGAUGGAGGCCGCUUAAAGAGGGCGAGAGGGGGUAUCUGGAAGGGCUCGCCUCAAGAUAUGCAGAUCUCUUCAGGACGCAUUACGGGGAUGUUCUUGAGCCGCUCGAGGAGCUACGCCGGCGAGAAACAAACGCUUCCGCACGAAUGCCCAACACCCAGCUCACCACCAGUCAUUCACAGCCCAUUUACGUGCCCGGAAAAUACUCGCCCUCGAGCUGCCUCAGCGACAAGGAGGAGGACGAAAUCUAUGGCUUCGGAUACGGGGUCUUCAGCCGGCAGAUGCUCCAACAUCGACAGCAGAAGCUCGCACUCGCAACACAAAACACAACUACCGCCAUGACACCGGGUGGACCUCAGGCAACCUAUCAAAGUUGUCUGAGCCCGAGAUCUGCGUUCUUCUACGAGUUCCCUCCUAACGAACAAGGACAAAAUACAAGCAAGAAGAAGACAACAUUUUCGAGGUUACUAAGAGGGUUGAAGACGCACAGGAAAGAGAAACAAGGCCAAGCACAAGGCUCUCCCAGGCACAGUCGCGCAAGAAUAGGCGUACCUCAAAGAGUCGACACGCCUGACAGUGUUUUGCAAAGCGGUUUGGGUCUCGGACCUGACAUGGGACACACGAUUCUUCGUUCGAUGGUGGAUCCUCGAGAUUACGAUCGACUGAGAUAUCUACAGAUGAACGGCGGUCAACCAAAUAGUUUCGAAGAAACCAUUCACAGGCUGAAAGUUCAAGAAGCGCUGCGAAAGAAAGAGCGGUUUCACAAAGAGCAUGAGGAGAUACUGAGGGAUAUCCGGCAGGGUUUAAUGCAGCUAGGACGAGACGGACGGGGUCAGCUCCCUGGGGAUGAUACGUACAUGUACGACGAAGACGCGCGAUGCGGAGGUGCAGGUAGUUUAGGUCCUGGACCAGGCGGUCAUUGGUACGACGAACCACCUUACGAAUCAGAUCCCGAAGACUUUCUUAUGGGAGCCAGUGGCGGUCCAGUACCUACCGCAACUAUUCAAAAUGGAAGGGUAUGUUUCACGCUGAAUAUGAGGCCGGAGAAUCGAAGCGAGGGUGUGAUAUCUCUUCGAACAGCCGGUGAUAUCAGUUUGCCGCGCGAUCGCUCGAGGAAAGGUGCAACGUCAACGAUGCGAGGUCUCAUUGUUCCUCAGGGUCACAAUAAUCCACCGACGAUCAUACCCUUAACGCAUUCGAGAGCUUCUCGUGAGAGCGGAGAUUACGCGAGUAGCGACGUGCAGAGUGUGAGCUCGAGACUGUCGACUGUGUCGGUGGACACGAGUAGGAGCGACCAGCCUUCGGUGGGCGGUCGCCACCCCGAUCGGCCGGAGCAUCACCACGAGCACCGUCACAACCAUCGCCAUCAUCACGAACAUCACCACUCGGUCUCACCCCGAUCCAAUCAGCGUCACCCCGCCGCUAGCACGACCGUUACCAACACCGUCACCGACGCAACGUCACCGCAAAGCAACGCGCAACGCCGCCCGGUUCCCAGAUAUAGUCGGAGUAGCGGCGAGGAGGGACUGUCACCGAGCCAGAGUAGCGAUUACGAAGAUCAAGAAGAACUCGAAAGUCAACACUCGGCCGCCGUACAUACAUCGGAGGCCAGCGCCCUGCUCGAGGGCGAUGCCAGGGCGGGUAUCGCAGGCCGUGCGAGGAAUUUAAGGCACGACGUGCAGAGAAAGAUCUCGAGGCUGCGCCAGGAUCGCGCCUCCUCGGAGGCCUUCCCGUGCAGUGCGAGCAGCGUCGAGAGCCUGCCGAGCGGUAGCGGUUCAAGCACGCAGGCUCUGGUACGCGCAGGAAGCAAUCACAGCUCGAUAUCCUGCGAGGACAGAGAUGCCGUCAGCCCGACGUCCAUCGGCCCCGUCCUGUGUCGAGCUAGGGCACUGGUGGAUUACACGCCCAGUCCUUACGACAAGGACGCGUUAAAGUUCAAGGUCCGUCUUCAUGAUAAUCGAAAUUCUAUGCGAAACUCCGUAAACGUUAACAGCGUUACGGUAAAUUUAUCGUUAUUACUUGCAAGUACGACGGUAUAA